AAAAAUAAAUAAUAAUUUAAUAUGAAGGGAGUAGAAUUGUAGAUGUCCAGCAUUUUUGUUCCCAUUGUUUCGUCAUGCUCACGGCAAUAACAACCUAAUCAACCUAUUAGGCCAUCGGCGACAUGACGUAAAAUAAGGCAAUCGCCCCUUUCUCCUCUGUUCCCAAAUCAAACCACCUUUUUUUUUUUUGCAAUGGCCAGAUCGCCGGCCCUCGGCUCUGAAGUCUGACAUGAACAGCUACUUCCCCCAUUUGGCCAUUUCAGCCAUCAGCGCAACAAAACUCUCGUCACCCUCGCCCAUCGUCAGCUGAGGGUGGAGCUGGAUCGAUCCUCGAUCCCGUCCCAUGGGCGCCUCCACUCCCCGCCACCAUUCCAGCAGCUCGUCCCUCCCGCGAUCUCUCCUCGCCAAGCGGAUCGUCACCUUCGCGCUCUACGCCCUCAUCCCGCUCGCCCUCCUCCACUACCUCGUCUCCCUCCCUUCUCCUGCCCAUCCGACCGCUGCCGCUGCCGCCGCCGCCACCGCCACCUCCUCCUCCCCAUCACCGCCGGCGGGGCCCAGAGUCGCCGCGGUUAAGGAGAAGGCGGCCGCGGGAUCCAAAAGGACGCGCGCGGCGCCGCGGUGCGACUACUCGGAUGGGGCGUGGGUGCGGAGCGCGGCGGCGCCGCUGUACAACGGGACGAGCUGCGGCGGGACGAUCAAGGCCGGGCAGAACUGCGAGGCGCACGGGCGGCCCGACACGGGGUACCUCCGCUGGCGGUGGCGCCCGCGCGGGUGCGCGCUCCCGCCCUUCGACCCGGCCGAGUUCCUGCGCCUCGUCCGCGGCCGCCACGUCGCCUUCGUGGGCGACUCCCUGGCGCGGAACCAGUGCGAGUCCCUCGUCUGCCUGCUCAGCUCGGCGUUCCCGGCGCGCCUCGUCCGCGGCGCGGGCGGCGGCGACGGGGACGGGGACGGCGACGAGCUCCGCAAGUUCCGGCGCUGGGCGUUCCCGUCGCACGACGCCACGGUGUCCGUGUUCUGGUCCCCGUUCCUGGUGAACGGCACGGAGAAGGCCAAGGGGGGCGCGGCGGGGCUGGACCACAACCGGCUCUUCCUGGACCAGCCCGACGAGCGGUGGGCGGCGGAGAUCCCCGGCAUCGACGUGGUGGUUCUGUCCGCGGGGCACUGGUUCCUGCACCCGGCCAUGUUCUACGACCGCGGCGCCGCGGUCGGGUGCCACCACUGCCCGGAGCCCAACCGCACGGAGACGGGCUUCUUCGGCGCGUUCCGGCUCGCCGUCCGCGGCGCGCUCCGCGAGGUCGUCCUCCGCGGCGCCAGGGCCCAGCAGCAGCGGGAACGCCGCCCGAAGCUGGCCGUGCUGACGACGUUCUCGCCGGCGCACUUCGAGGGGGAGUGGGACAGCCCGGCCGCGUGCGCGCGCACGGAGCCGUACGCGCCCGGGGAGCGGGAGGUGGGGUACAUGGACGGCGAGAUGCUCCGCGCCGAGGCGGAGGAGGCCGCGGCGGCGGCCGCGGACGCGAGGGCGCGCGGAGCGGGCGUGACGGUGGAGGCGCUGCGGGUGACGCGGAUGGCGGCGCUGCGCGCGGACGGGCACCCGGGCGCGUACAUGCACCCGUUCCCGUUCGCCGGCGGCGCGAGGGAGCGCGUGCCCAACGACUGCGUGCACUGGUGCCUGCCCGGGCCCAUCGACACGUGGAACGAGAUCCUGCUGCAGCUCGUCAAGCGCUGGGCCGACGGCGCCGGCGCCGACGCCGAGUCGUCGUCCUCGCCGCCGUGAACCUGCUGAGUUUUUUGGGUGGGGGCAACAGUUUGGGUGGCUCUGCCGUUCUUUUGCGCUUGUUGUAAUGAUGGAAUCUGGAAUUAGAGAAAUCCGUUUAAGGUAAACUCUGGGAUCAUUUUCUUAACCUGUACUAGAGUUACAUAUUAGUAAGGAUGGAUCUAGACAUUCGAUUUCUUUAAACAAA